UACAGGUUUCGAGGUUUCAGUAUCUCCACACUCCACAGCCCAGUGUUCUUCGCCAUUUUGCUAGUUGUGUUGGUGUUAUUUUGUAAAGUGUGCAAUUGUUAAGUGUUAGAGCCCAGCUUUCACAAUGAGUUCGUUGAUUUCGAGUAUUUGAUUAUGUUUAAUAUUGCUGCAAAUGUCAAAGUGUGAUGUUGGCGGAAGCUUUACGUCUACAUGGCGUAAAAGCACGUUUAGUGAAUUGUGUUUCCGAAAGUGUUGUUUAUAGGCAAUUUCAUUUCCUUCUGCCACCAGCUGUCCAGUGCUAAAGGAUUACCUUAUUUUGGAUUUUCUGCUCUUAUAACAUUCUGCUAUGGCUUGUAGGAGCAUUCCUAGUGAUAAGAUCAACCUGAGACUGAUCCUAGUGAGUGGAAAGACUAAGGAGUACCUGUUCAGCCCCAGCGACUCAGCCGGGGACAUAGCACAACAUGUCUUUGACAACUGGCCUGAAGACUGGGCGGAGGAGGCAGUGGAGAAGGCAGAGAUCCUGCGACUGAUCUACCAAGGCCGGUUCCUGCACAGCAACGUGACGCUGGGCGCGCUAGGACUGCCCUUCGGCCGCACCACUGUCAUGCACUUAGUGCCACGUGAAAAUCUACCCGAACCUAACUCUCAAGACCAACGGCAGAAGAGCAAGGGAGGGGGAAGCAGUUGCUGCUCCACUUCCUGUGUCAUCUUGUAAUCUGCAGACAAGUUACUUCUACCUCGAGGCAACACUAGGAGGGUGCAUCAAAUGUAUAUGUGAUUCAAUGUCUUUCCCCAUGAAUUUUUUAUUCUUGCCUCGAAGACUUUCUGCCGAGAGUGACGGGUUGUAGGUUGUGACGAUCAGACUCUAGUGCGAUUGCGGUUGCGUCCAUGUCACUUGUGUAAUAUAUAUAGUGUCUUUGUUUAGUGUUCGGGACUCCGUAUCUUCAUGUAUGGGAGUAUAUUAUGAUUGUUAUAAGCCGUUUGUAUAUAAUAUUGGGCCUGAAUAGGAUUUGUUUGACAUUUUCCUUAGUAACACCAGAAGGCAUAAUUUAUAGACUUCUAGUUUCAACAGUUUUUUGCAAUACCACUAUGUUGGUUGGAGAAAUUUGAAUCUAUGACUUGUACGGUGUCAGUAUUUUUUUUUUAAGAACUGAAAACUUAUUUUGAUUACUAUACUAAAUUAAUGUAUGUGAAAACUUUCAUCAUAUUGUAUUCUCUUGAAUGUAUCUAUUAAAACAGGCUUCAGCAUGAAUACUAGAAAAGUACCGGUAUGGAUCAUAAACAUAAAACAAAUGACAUUUUGGCCCGAAAGUAAACAAAACCCCUAUACUAAUAAAAUUAAUUAACAUAUGGUUUUGUUUACUUUCGGGCCAAAAACGUCAUUUGUUUAUGUUUAUGAUCCAUACCAGGUCUUUUCUAGUAUCAGUUGGCUUCAGUUAAAAAAUAGUACUGUAAUCUUAUCCUGACGUGGUAUGUAACUAUUUUUGCUAAUAAUAAAUUUGCUUUAAUCAGUUUUGUUUUAUUUAAUAGAUUUACUUUUAAUUUCUUAUAGAAAUUUAGGUUACUUUAUUUCAUUUUGGAAAAGAUACUCUUUAUUAUGUUUGUAUUAGCAGAGAUCUGUUUUUAGUUUUAUUGAAUUUCAAAGACUUUUUAUUUUGUUAUGUUGUU